CCGCGCAGCACUGGGAGCCUGCUCGCCCUGCAGCCCAGCCAGCUUGCUCCGCACCAGCCUGCUGGUCUGCCCGCCGACCCGCGCGCCCUCGCUGCCGCCCGUCUGCGCCCCUAGACCCCAGCGGCACCAUGCAUCUCUCCCAGCUGCUGGCCUGCGCCCUGCUGCUCACACUGCUCUCACUCCGGCCCUCCGAAGCCAAGCCCGGAGCGCCGCCGAAGGUCCCGCGAACCCCGCCGGGAGAGGAGCUGGCCGAGCCGCAGGCUGCGGGCGGCGGUCAGAAGAAGGGCGACAAGGCUCCCGGGGGCGGGGGCGCCAACCUCAAGGGCGACCGAUCGCGACUGCUCCGGGACCUGCGCGUGGACACCAAGUCACGGGCAGCGUGGGCCCGCCUUCUGCACGAGCACCCCAACGCGCGCAAAUACAAAGGAGCCAACAAGAAGGGCUUGUCCAAGGGCUGCUUCGGCCUCAAGCUGGACCGAAUCGGCUCCAUGAGCGGCCUGGGAUGUUAGUGCGGCGCCCCCUGGCGGCGCUCAGCAGCUGCCACUGCCUGUCCCACACUUUGACUGUCCCAUCCCAGGCCAUGGGAAAGCUGCUGUCUCCACCCCAGAAACCCUUGUCAGUGUUGGGUCUUCCCCCGGAGGGAAACAAGAGCUCCUCUCCAGCACACUGUCUCUUUUUCACAGUACAGAACACUUUUUCACAGUUUGUGAACCCAUUCACCUCCCCGUAUUGAACAGCUUAAGGGCCAAGUGCUGGCCUAAGGCACUCUAGGACCCACUGCACCCCGUACAGACUCAGAAAUAUUUGUCAAUGACCAGAGAAACCAGCACACCCUAGCCCAUGGCCACUCCCACCUGCCCUAGGUUUUAACCAGUGCCCUUCCUCUCUUUGCAGCCAGACCUCCCUCGGCUGUGGGCUUCUCCCCAGUUCUGCAAAGGCUGCAGUUGUCUGUGAUCUUGACUCUCCCCUGCACAGGGAGAAAAAUGAUUCUGACACUUGGGGACCAGCCUUCAGUAGCUACCCUUGGAAUGCCUUUCCUCUCUUCUCUCCUGUCUAAACAACAAAGAGACGGAGUCUGAGGCCUCAAAUUUUCAGUUUGAUUUAAGCAUCAAGUUCAAACUUUAGAACCGGAACAAAUGUUAGCGACUCUUCCAUGGGUUCGUACCUGGAAUGCGCAUUCCCAUAGGGGCCUUGUUCUUGGGCCUGGCUGUCUGUGGUCACCAAGUGAUGACCAGACGGGUAGUGAAAGAUGCUGUGUAGGAGGAAUCCCCAUUGCUAAGAAUUCUCAACCCCUUUGAUCAGGGGGGUUCAUUAAUCUCCUACUAGCUCUCUUAGCAUAGAUGAACACUUAUCAUCAACAUCCUCAACACCGGCUUAUGCCCAACACCAGCUGUU